AAAAAAUUGAAAAAAAAAAAAUGUAUCGGAGUCGAAUCGAUGCCUCGUUCCUUGCCGUCCGCCUCCAAUCCCAACCCUUCUCCUACGCCGCCGACCGACGACCGAAGAAGAAGGUGUACCAUCGCGUCCUCGAGCUUGACAAAUAUGUUGACCUCCAGAAGAAGCCGGCUCUCCUUCUCCGUCUCUGCUCCAUUCUCACCGCCCGCAGGGACCGCUCCAUCCUCCUCCGCGACCUCGAGAAGGAGGUUGGCUUCGUCCAGAAGUGGAACUUCCUCUCCCUCAUCGAGCGGCACCCAUCCGUAUUCAAAGUCUCCGGCGGAUCUGUCUCCCGCACCCCCAUCUCCGUCCGCCUCACCGACAAGGCCGAGAGGGUCUCCGCCCAAGAGGCCUGCGCUAGGGAGAUGAUGGAGCCCAUCGUGGUGAGGAACCUGAGGAAGCUUCUCAUGAUGUCGAUGGAUUGCCAGAUCCCCUUGGAGAAGAUCGAGCUCAUCGAGUCCGACCUCGGCCUGCCUCCUGAUUUUAAGGCUUGGUUGAUUCCCAAGUACCCCGACUUCUUUUCUGUCAGGAAGGUUAACGGGAUGGACUACCUUUGCCUGGAGACCUGGGAUUCUUCCUUGGCGGUCACUGCUCGUGAGGAAAAAGUGGACCUUGCUAGUGCUCCGAUGAAGACCAAGGUAGUUCCUAGAGAUGGUAACAUCGUCGGGCCGUUUGCUUUCAAAUUGAAGUUUGCAGCUGGCUUUCGGGCGAACAAGCAUUACCUGGAGGAAAUGGUUAAGUGGCAAAAGAUGGCGUUUCCUUCACCUUAUUUGAACGCAAGGAGUGUCCAGCUUGCCACUCCACAGGCGAGGAAGAGGGCGGUGGCUGUGUUGCAUGAAUUGCUGAGUUUGACCAUGGAAAAGCGUUUGACAUCUGAUAAAUUGGAUGCAUUCCAUAAUGAGUAUCAGCUGCCUUGCAGACUGUUGCUUUGCUUGGUUAAGAAUCAUGGAAUUUUCUAUAUCACAAAUAAGGGUGCGCAUAGCACUGUCUUCCUUAAAGAAGCUUAUGAUGGAUUCAAUCUUAUUGAAAAAUGCCCUCUGUUGCAAUUCCGUGAUAGGUUUGUGGCACUCAUUGGAAGGCCUAGCCCUGAUCUGCAAAAUGCAUUACCAGCUUGAUUUGACUGUUGUGAGGGCACAUUGCUGUCUUGAUGUCUAUUAUUUAUCUGCUGGCUUGAUAAUAUUGGCUUUCCACUCAGCUCAAAUCUAUCCUUCUUGUCUGGUAGAUAACCUCACUAGGACAUGUUAUUCAUGCCGUAGUAGGCUAAAUUUUAUGAGAUGAUAAAAAAUUAAAAUUGAACUGCGUACUAGCAUUGAUAACCUAGAUUCUUGGAACAACUUGUGGUUAUAUAUGGAACUAUAUACUGUAGUUCUAAGGCUAUGAGACUCAUACCAAUUAUAUUGCUUAUAUCAUUGGAAAUACUGAUUCCACAACUCAUUUGCAUGCAUAUUUUUUUUGGUCUCAUCAUUGUCUCAGAGUAGCUUCUGUAUGAAAAAUAUCACUGUAUUGUAGAGUGAAUGCCACAGUAUUUUAGAGUGAAUAUUGAAAUGCUUAUGACUUGUUUUUACCAGUAGUACAAAUACUCUUGAAUCAUGGAGUUUAGGAAUGAAAUAUGGAUGAGUUUGUCUUCCUUGCGGAGGAUGUAUAACAAACUAAAUGUCUGACACACAUUGUUGUUCAUGCAUUUCCCUACCUCUAUCAUAUUAGAAUAUCUUGUUAACUAAAUCAUGACUGUACUUGCACCAUCAUUGAAAAUUGCCUUGAUCAAGAACAAAUUCAUCUUGGAAUUAGGACAAUUAUAUACUCUACUGAGGCACAUGAUUACUUAAUCCAAGCAUAAGUGAAGCCGGUGUACUUUAAAAAAUCAUCAAGAAAUGGCAUUUCGUUGGAACUUGGAAGCAGAUGAUUUGGUUGGGACAAUUAUAACGCCACUUGUAUUUUUCAGUAGUCCUCUUAGAAUCUCUAGCGAAAGAUAUAAACUCUCGAAUAUGGUAAUUCUACCUCAUUCAUUUUUUUUCUUUUUCGAAUGGAUCUAGUGUAGUCACUGUUUGUUUACUAAUCAAUAUAACUUUGCUGGCUACUAUGCUAACACUUAGAAGUCAAAACCCAAAGUUCAAAAAUUGUAUCUUAUAGGGAUUAAAAUUUUUCAUCUAUAUUUAAUGCAUAAAUUGGUAAAUAUUAGUAUAUUUUUAUUCCAACUUAUAGAUUUCAGUUUAUCAUCCAAACCCCAUCAUUUACUGAAAAAUUAUCUUUGAUAUUUAUUUCGUCAAUUUGAACAAAUUGUGGAGAUAAAACUGAAUGAUGAACUUUCUAUUCUCAUCAUAAAGCAACUUGUCCUACUUGGAUAGAGAGUGGUACCUUUAGUUCCUUCUCAAUUACAAUACCAGACUUGAGAGAACAUCAACAUAAGAAGUUUACACAACCAGUAAUGCAAAUUCAUCUCUAUAGUUAGAGUUGGUUGAAACUACUAGUGACAAUCUCGCUAGGAAAAAAAAAUCAUAUUCUACAGAAAACACCAUUUUUGAGCAUCAUGAAGAGGGGAAAAAAUAGUUACUAAACAUGGUUGUGAUGUUUAGACUGAUUUAUGUGCUUUAUGUGCGAAUAUGAAGACUUGUUUUCCAGAUAUGCCGGCUUUUAAGUUAGGUGAAUAAUCACGGCAGGAAUGAGGCAGCCACGCACUUUGAUCACCUAGUUAUAGUAGAUUUUAACUACCUUUUUAAUCCAACGCAACAAUUCGUAGUGUGCUCAAUGAAGUGAAGCAAUUUUACCUUUGUUAACUUGAUGAUACAGACAACUUUUUUGAAAUCUCCUAUACUAAUAUGAUUAAGAUCUGGAUGAUCAAUCAAUAUAGAUUCAUCUCCUUUUACUCCAUGGCGGGAACACAAUGAAAUAUAUGUAUCUAACCAUGAUCUAUGAGAUACAAUGGCAUGAAUAUUCAUGAACUCAUUACCAUAGGAUGUGAAAAGAGUUCUCGUGCAACUUCUUGUUGAACAUGUACUCGAUCAUAUGAAAUUACAUUAUAUUGGAGCAUGAAAGGACCUUUUUCAGUUUAUAAGAAGAUUAUACUCAUUGAUUCAGCACACAUUUAUGAUCAUUUAUAAUUCCAUCUUUUGAUGUUGGUUUUGUUUUUCUGCCUCAGCAUGAGCAUGUAGUGUCGUAAGAAAGGGUAAUAUAUAGAUCUGGUUUUUAUUGGAUGGAUGGUAUAUUUUUAUAGUCUGUUAUACUAUCUAUGUCAUGAUACAACUAAAUUUUGUUUACUUGUUGUAUAUAACGUGAUAUCUUCAAUCUUAUUACAGCGCAGACCUCUGCCUGCCAUUUCUUCUUCUUGUUUUUUUUCCUUUGAAAAAUGCAUUCUUUAAUUGGUCAGCUUUCUUGGAGAUGUAAGUAUGAAGCAAAUCAAGUUUAAGGCUAAAAUCAUGACUAAGGUGAAGUCGCUGGUAGCUGGAUUAGUAUCUUCUUAAACAUCGUUAUGUCAUUUCUUUGAUCUAAUACAGUUAGAUGCAGUUUCUGAAUCAUUUCAAGUGAAAGAUGACUUAAUCACAUCAGAUACUGUAUCCUUGUUGAUUAUAAGUGCAUAAUUUUUUAAAUAUAAGUAGCUCCUUAGAAGUGAUAAAUUGCAUUUGAUGUGCAAGAUGCAUGGUAUGUGCAUCAAUUGAGAGUUCAGAACCUAAUAGACAUAAUUUUUUCUUACAAUUUUCUUCAUUGAUAUUCCUUGCUAUAACCCAAGGAUUCACGUCACAAUUCUCUAGCAAAAAGUUAUUCUAUACACAACAUCAAAGGCUAGUUGAAAUAGUUCUACCAAACCUAACUUUGUCUUGUACUUGUUGUAUACAGCAUGAUGGUUCUUCACAGGUAUGAUUUCUAUUAUUACAGUAUCAACUGUCAAUACCAACACCUAACUUUAUGACUCGUGGAUGGUCACUAUAAUGAUGAAUCCACAUAUCCAGAUCAUGAAAUCUAGAGCACAACGCUUACCUGUGCUCAAGGCUGUAUGCCAUCAACUUAAAAGGAAACUAGUAAUGGAGAUGGGCAAAAAUGUGGCCAGCAUUUUUUCACUUCACUAUGUUGCAGGUAGAUGGAAUAACAUUUCUCCACUAUCUGGCCCAGCAUUAUUUUCCUCGCAGUUCAUUAAACUCAAAGCUCAAUGAUUCAGAGGACAGCAUAGUUGGUUAUAAUCUUUGAAAAAUACCUCCAUAUCAUUACCACUGUCUCUAGCAAAUACAAUAGGGCAUCUGAAUAAUUGUGGCCCUUUUGAUUUGAAACAUGAUGCCUACACAAGGACAAGAUGAUGCAAUAUGGCAUGAGAAAAGAAACUAGGAGAGAGUAAGUGGAGUAGAACAAGGACAAAAGGUGCAGGUAAUGGAGGAUAACAAGGAGAAAAGGGUGCUUUUCCUUUUGGCAACGAUUUGAAACUGGAUACAGGAUCAAUCUGUGGAACCGAUCGAUUUCGUGCCCCUCUAGAUAAUUGGCGUCCAAUCUGUAGCUUUCAAGAACUGUGACUUCAGCACUACGUUGAACUCGAAGUGAGCAGUAAUUGUACUAUGUUGCGGAUCUAUAGAUCUGUCUACGCUGCCCUUUGGUGUUCAGUUUUCUACCCACCUCUACUUUAAUUUGCUUCCUUUAUGACAGUGGGCAAUGAUCAUGAGGAACUUGGAGGUGUAGGGACAACUACAUGUUGCUUUAAAUUAACAAAGCAGAGCACUUCUCUGAUAGUCUGUGUAGCUGUGGAAACUGGCACUGAAGCAGACGAACGAUCAAAAUCUGGAAGAGCAGUGCUGCAAUACAAGUAUUUAUAUGAUAACAAUCGACGACAGAAUGGCAUAGGUCAAUAAGGUCGGCCACAACAUUAUGCAUCUCUCAUGGAGUUCGAUCUCUUGAUCACCAACGUAUCUACUUCCACAUUCAGCAACAGAUCAUGCACGGAUUCGAUCAUCUCCUCCUCCUCCAAGGAGAGAAGGUGAGCGUGGAGCGGCGGAAUCUGUUCCUGAGGCGAAUCCUCGUGGUGGCGCGGCUGUUGAAGGCGGAGGAGGACGAGAUUGGGAAGAAGAAGUGUCUGAGCCGGGCGUUGGAGGAGCGCGUCCAUCACCUUCGCGCGGAGGCCCAGACGUGGCGAGAUGUGACGCUGAGCCUCGAAGCCGUCGCGGGCGUGCUCCGUUGCGACCUCCACCGCGGAAUCGCGGCCGCCGCCGUCGACGAUACGGAGUCGGCCUGUUGCCGCGGCGAUGACGAGGCCGAGGCGGCGAGCAGGACAAUGCGAAAGAGCGCGUGUCGAUCGUGCUGCGAGGCAGAGCCAUCGGUGGUGCUGCUGCCGUGCCGGCAUCUCUGCGUGUGCGCGGCGUGCGCGCCGGCGACCUUGCAGCAGCAGCAAGAGAGCGAGUGUCCUCGUGAACAUGCCUCGUUAAUAUUUUACAAUUUGAAAUAGAUUUCUGGUUUAUUUAACCUUUUUCUUGGAUGUAAAAUAUGAUAAAUAAUUCCGAAUGAUAGGAUUUUGUUUAUUCCGAA